ACUGAAUCACUGACUCACUGAUUGACUGCCCUUUAAAUCUGUCAACAAUUUAGUUAAUCAUCACAACUGUCACCAACACUUCCCACAUACCCAUCAAACACUGCAUUUAGUUGAUCCCAAAGUGAUAGAUAAUGGACAGCGAGGGCCGUAAGAUAAUCGUGUGCGACAACGGAACCGGUUUUGUGAAGUGUGGUUAUGGAGGCUCUUCCGGAUCCAACUUUCCCUUACAUACCUUUCCAUCGAUCGUUGGCCGGCCUAUCAUUAGAGCCGCGCAAAGGAUAGAUGACAUCGAAGUGAAAGUAUCUGAC